AUGACUGAGUAUAAAGGACUAAUCAGUCCGUCCACGUCGAUUGGCGGCGACAACAACACAUGUUCAACAUCGCCAGCCAACUCGGAAACAUCCAUCCCCUCAAGGAAAUACUUCUUCCCCUCCAGCCAACCAGAACCCUCAACCUCGGCCGCUCCCACCACAUCGACCGGUAUAUUUGGGAUUCGCAAAAAGACGAGUAUGCAGUACGGCGGAACGGCCCGGAAAACCAGUAUCGGCGUGAUAGGCCGUUCGUGCAGUUCGGGCACGUCGAAACAAGGAAACGAGGAGUCGCCGAAGCGGAAAAAGUCGAUUGCCGCCACAGGUGCUGCGGCCAAAAAAACCAUGCGGAAGCGGUUCUCACAGGCCAAAUUGGCAUUAAGGAAAAUCUCGCACUCCUCCACCCACUCCUCGCACCGUUGCGGCUCCAACACCUCCAUGAGUCCCAUAUCAAUGUUAGAAUCCCCGACAGAUAAACGAUCCUUAGACUCACCAUCAGUCUCGGCAGCUCAUGACAUCUCCCCUUCGAAUUCAUUAGGUGCGCCUGAUGAAAACACAGCUCCAGUCCAUAAGAAGGGCUUCUUCUUCCCCAAAUUCCGAAAACUGUCGUCUACUACACCGCCGCUGCCUGGAAGUAGCCUCAUUCCGAGCAUCGCGGCCCUCAAAAAAACCUCUCGGCCCAAGCCUUUCAUGGGACCCGGAACAAAGGUAAAGUUAUCUUACAUUCAUACGCAAUAUCGGCUUUUACCGUCCCCAAAACAAAGUAACUUGGUGUAGUUUACAUUAAAACGCAAAGUUAUGGUUUAGUUUUGAUGACAUGUUACUUUGUUUCAGGGGUUGGAUGGGGUAAUUUUAGUGUUUUAGAUUAAUAUAACUAUUUUUCAACCAAAAAAUCAUUUUUAUGACCGCAAUUUUUAAUUUUUUUUUGAAGUGCAGAAACAUAAAGAUCAUUUAGAAAAAAUUUUUAAUGUUAACGUAUAUAUUUCUACAGACUCUGACCCGAAAAUCAAAAAAAAGUUAACUUUUCUCUAAGGUUAUAUAUCUAAAACACUACUAUUACUUAUAUUUUUAACUAUACAUUAAUAUAUAAAAGUCAAAACGUGCCUGUACCUUUAUAUAUCAACGUAUUAACCAUCUAUGCUUCUAUAUAAACUGCCCUAAACCCAAUGCAUCAGACACAAAAGUCCAAACUCGUUUGUGUUUGUUGAAUGCAUUACGUUUUAACACGCAGUAUAUAACAUAAUGCCUGUUUAAUAGUCAAAGUAAACAAUGUUUAACCGAGUGUUUUCCAGAUCACGGUCUCCCUCAACGUCCAGCCGUUCUCGCAUACAUUCAGAAGGCAACGAAGAUGGGAAGAGGCGUCGUAAGUCAAGAGGAUCGAUUAUACCUAGUAGUGAUGACCACAAUGAUCUUGUCAACUUUGCCUUUGACUCGAGACGAAGCUCCAAAGGUCUGCCUGAUCCCGAUCGUCUAGACCUCGAGAACACCUGUCUACAUUGCUCACUGGGUACCGAAUACAGAAGGAAUCGGCUUCGAUUGGAGAUUGAAACCGCGGUGAAGCGACUGGCCAAAAGACUCGGGAAUAGGGCCACAAAUUGGCCGAGAAGUGACGAAACAACGACUACAUUAACUAACAGUACAGUGUCUGUGAACACGCCACAAAGUCCGACCUACGCUCAGGCUGAACAACUGCGGAGGACGAUGGGAACGCCCGACAUCGUCGUAUCUUCCAUCAGUUCGGACGAAGAGAACGACAAACGAAAUACGAGCAGUGAGAUGUGCUCGAGCUAUCCGACAAGUGGCGAAACAAGGUAAGGAGGAUUAGUUUUUGGCAGUAUAAGUUAUUCUGGAAGGCAGUAAAAACUAUUUUUAACGUUUAAAGGAAGAAGAGGUUUUAUUUAUAGAAAAAAAAAUAAUUUUAAGGCAUGUGCAAUAUAAAAAGAAAACCGUUAUUGUUUCAAAAAUCAACUAUGAAGCCGACAAAGUUCAGUAUAAAGACAUUUUUCUUAUCUUUUCAGCCUAAGAUUUAAAACUUUUGAAAAUAAAGUCUGCCUAAAAUAAUGACGUCAUUCCAGCUCCGCCUGCACAACCGCCUCCCCAAGCCCCCUAGCCCUUCGCAGCAAGAACGACGUCUUCUUCACGGUCGAUUCAACUCAACCAGCAGCCGAAGAUGCUGAUAAUGAAACCGACAAGUCCCCCAUCUCGUCCCAUCCUCCACUUCAAGCCAUGGACACUCUAAAACCUCCAGGAUUCUGUCAAAACAGUAAUCUUCUCAGUCCAACAGAUGCCUCGGCUAGUCCGCCACGAAGUAACAGUGUAGAUUUGUCGACACUACGACGAGAUAUUGAGUUAUGGAGCAUAAGUUCGGGUGAUGUCAGUGAAAACGGGUCGGAUACGGGAGAGUUGGAUCCUGCUACACCAGCUGAAAGUGUUAAGACAACAAGAUCGAGGUCACAUGACCCUACACAAAGUCCUGAUCAUCUACUACGGAGGCCAAGCCGAAUCGAACAUUUAAGCGAAAUAUUUAGGUAUCACGGUGGUGGAGUCACGUUGUUAUUGUGAUAAUAAUAACGUUAAUAGAGUGUUAUUUAUAACAAUAACGAUAACAAAAAUAUAACUAACGACUAUAAUAUUAACAUAUGUACCUAAAAAAUACCUUUCAUACACUACCAUACUUUUUCCUUACUAAAUAGACCUUUUUGAAAAAGUUAGAGGACAAACAAUAUUAUACUUGAUAGUCUAGACAAAACUGUUAGAGUAGAGAACGAGUCAUAAUCUGAUAUCCUUAUGACAACAAAGCUGAUAAUCAUAAUCCCCUUUUUGCACACAAUAAUUAGCAUUUUAGUACAAUAAGUCACGUAUAACAAUAACUCGGUUAUGACAAUAUAAGACAAAAAAACGUUUUAAAAACUUACAAAUUUAGUAUUUUAGGUAAUGUAAAACAAAACUUAAAGAUUGUAAGCUAAUUUUGAAGAGUUUAACAUCAAAAUCUCGGUUAGAAAUUGUCGUUUUAAUGCCAAUUUGGUAACAAAAUAUUAAAAAUCUUGUGUUUUUCCUCAAAAUUAAGUAAAACUUGAGGAAAUUGAUAAAAAAAAACAUGGCAAAACUUACAACUAAAAGAUCUAAAAAUUAAAAUCCAACUAAAAUAAUAUCGUAUUUUUUCAGAAAAGCCUUGGCCAAGUCGCCGGUCGUCAAAAGAGCCACAGCUUUACAAGAUAAUGAACAAAAAAGCGUCUCCAAACACCGAACAAGCAGAUAUUGGCUGGAUGAUAACGUAAAUUAAUAUUUUUAUAAUUUAUAAGUUUAGUAUUUUAUAUCCUGAACGUUUUUAUAAAGAAAAAUAACCAAAAGCCCCAAAAAGAACAGUAAGGACCAAAAACGGCAAGAAUAAGACAGAAAUUUUGGGCGCAGACUUCAAAACACGAUUUGCAGCCUGCGCUCUUGAUAUUGUUAUUGUCAAAGUUAUUUUCGAACAAUAUAAAGUUUCAUAAUAAAAAUACUGUUAUUUAUUAAAAAUUUAAACAUAUUUUCAAAGUUUAAACACCACUUAAUUGCAAAACUUGACAAUUUGACAAACCUUUUUAAAAAUUCAUUGCUUUUUCAGUUGAUGGCCGCUGAACAUAUCUGGAUUCCUUCGAGUGGGCCUGGAAGUGCCUCAACUUCAACGGAUACUGAAUGUUAUAUUGGGGAGAAGGACUGUGAGAAAGUCGGAGAGAAAAGACGUUGUGCAGCUUGUCAUAUUGUUGCUCAUACAGCUUGUUUUCCGCUUUUGGCCAAGGUAAGGCGAUCAUGGAUAAUAUAAAUUUAGUUUUUUGAUUUUAGGCUCAAAAUUGGGUUUUAUAUGUUACGAAGGCACUAAUUAUGAUUUAUUUUAUUAGUUUAAUUUUCUAAAUUUUUUUGGUUGCACUGUGCAAUAUUUUAAAUAUUUUUGAAUUGUGCCAUCAAGAUUUUAAAAAUUAAAAAAUAUUCUAAAAAUAAAUUAUUUAAAAUUUGUUUUUGUGAACUUAAAAAUGUAGAUUAAGCUUUUUGUUUUUACAGGACAUCUGAUAUUUGUUGUCUUACAGUCAUGCAUCUGUAUCCAUAUUACACAUAAAUAAGCAUGCUUACAAAACAAGUCAAAUCUUACAGUAUUUUUUGCAAAAAUAGUUUUUAUAUGACAUAAUGAACUAAUUGGACAAUUUUUUAAAAAUUUACCGUUUAAGACAUUCGAAAAAUUUGAAAAAAGCUAGGUUUUCACGGUGCAGUCAUUUUUUGCAUCUUCUUAAAUAACUAAAUAAUAAAAAAUGUUUUAACUUCAUAACUAAUUUUUUAGAUGAACUUGGUAUGCAAAACCACCUUCCGUGAUUCAGCAUUAAAGCGGAAUCCGUCGAAGGACAUUUGGGAUUCAUUGACGAAACAUCAUUGGGUUCAUCGAUGGAAAAUGGAAGGCAGAUGUCAACAAUGUCACAAAAGUUUCCAACAGAAAAUGUUUAGAGAGAAGGCAAGUGGUGUGAACUUAUUUUUUGUUACAAACUGGGAGAAGGGGAAAAAAUUGAAGAUAGUUUAGGGUUUUUUUCAGAGACAAACAACUUCAGAGAUCAGGUUGGUAAAAAAAUGGUUUUUUUGGUGUUUUUAUAUAAAAUACGCAUAAUCUACACUGUUGGUUUAUGAUUUUAAAAUUUAACUUUAAAAACUUAAUUUUAAUAUUGCCCAAUCUCAAACUUAAAUUUUCAGGAAGUAAUAGCCAUUACCUGUUCAUGGUGCAAACUCUCUUAUCACAACAAGCGCUCCUGCUUUUCAUUGACUCGAUUCGAGGAGAAAUGUGAUCGUGGAGCUCUGCGUGAUAUGAUUCUACCUCCAAGUUGGCUUCUACGGCUGUCACAUCAAAGGAAACGGCACGGUAAAGCGACUAAGAAACCCGCGCGACGAAAGUAUCGACCGUUUAUCGUGAAGCCGAUGGAUGCGUCAAUAGCUGGGCCUUCUCAACCGCUACUGGUGUUUGUGAAUCCGAAGAGUGGAGGCAACAAAGGAUCGAAGGCUUUGCACACAUUGUGCUGGCUUCUGAAUCCGCGACAAGUCUUUGACAUUACUGCGUUGAAAGGGCCGAAAUACGGGUAAAGUUGAGGUGGAAAUGGCGGUUUUCUGGGCCUUUAAUCACAUUUUUAAUAUUAUGUUUUUAAAAAUUUUUAAAAUUUUGAUUUGCUGCAGGUUCUACAGUAUCUUUUUUACUAGUUAGGUAAUAAAUUGGGUCUCUACAAUACCUUAAAAACAUUUAAAAUUAUUAAAAACUUUACUCUUUCUUUAAUAUUAUCAUACUUUCAGGUUGGAAAUGUUCCGCAAAGUAGGUACCCAGCUGAGAAUCCUCGUGUGUGGCGGUGAUGGUACCGUAGGAUGGGUACUGUCAACCCUAGACCAACUUAACUGGGCAGCCUACCCUCCGAUGGCACUAAUGCCCCUAGGCACUGGUAAUGACUUGUCCAGAUGUAUGGGAUGGGGUGGAAUGUUCAGCGACGAACCGUUGGCCGAACUUCUGAAUGCCGUGAUUCAUGAGACUAGUGUAACAUAUCUAGAUCGGUGGAAGUUGGAUGUGACGCCCAAUAACAAUCAAAACGUGUCGGACACUUCGAGUCACGAUGAUCCUGCUUUGAGUGAUGCUGUUACUUCAUCGUUACCUUUGACUGUGAUGAAUAACUACUUUAGUAUCGGGGCUGAUGCUCAUGUUGCACUACAGUUUCAUCAUUCUAGAAGUGAGUUGGUUGCUCUAGAAAUUUUGAAAACCAUUUUUUAAUUGUUGACUUUUUUGUAACAAAGUGUCAAACGGAAACUAUGACGAAGUGUUACAACUUUUAUUGGAAUUUUUCUUUUUACUUCAAAAUAUUUAAUAACCAAGGUAAAUCAGGGUAAAGUACGAUGUUACUUUUUCAAACUUAUAUUUAGGUGCCAACCCCUCAAUGUUAAACUCCCGCUUUAAAAACCGUAUAGCCUAUGGUGGUCUCGGAACGAUAGAUUUGUUCAAGAGGACAUGGAAGGAUCUGUCCGAGUUUAUCACAAUCGAAUGUGAUGGAGUUGACAUUACUCACAAGAUUAGAGAGUUCAAGUUUCAUUGUGUUUUGUUCCACAAUAUCUCGUACUAUGCUGGCGGGACAAUACCGUGGGGUAGUGAUUCGAACGAGGAAUGGCUGAAACCGUCAAGUUGUGAUGGCAAAAUCGAAGUUCUGGGGUUUACUACUGCUACUUUGGUAUGUUGUGAUAGGGUUUUUUAUAAAGGUUUAAAAUUUAAAGUUUUUUGGUUGGGCGUGGUAAUUAUAAAAAAAUAUGUUGUUAUAGAUGUUAAAAGUCAUAUUAUUUUUGAUAGUAAAAGUUAUAUUAUUGUAGGCAGCUUUGCAAAUGGGUGGGAAAGGCGAAAGAAUAGCUCAAUGCUCCAAGGUAAGAGUAGUUACUUUGAAGCCAAUUCCAAUGCAAGUUGAUGGAGAACCUUGUCUGUUGGCACCUUCUAUCAUACGAAUGAACUUCCACAGCAAGGUAAGGCCAUUUGAGUGUUAUUUUCUUGAAACGUGGAGUAGGUUACGGUAAGGGCUGGGUAGCAGAGGUAAAGUAGGAUAGUGUACGGUAAAAGUAGGGUAUUAAAAGUAACGUACGAUAAGGUAUUUCAGAGGUACGGUAGGUAGUUUAGGUCAAAAUGAGAUACGGUACGGUAAGUUUUGGAUAGAGUAGAGUAGUUUAAGGGUAAUGUAGUAUAGGGCAGGACAAGACAAGGCAGUAUACGGUAAGGUAUAGUAGGAUAGGGUAGCGUAGGAUACAGUAACGUAUAUAUAGUAGAAACAUAAAUUAAUUCAAAAACUUUCACUUCAGGUACCAAUGCUGAAACGUGACAAAAAGGUGGUGUGCACGCCGGCGGUGUCGCGCAAGGCCGUCCGCAAUUCAAGAUCGGGUCUGGAUUCGGCGGCCACCAGCACUUCCGUCUUCAUGCACGUACCAGUUAUAGUGGUCGGUCGUCAUGAUUACGACAUGUACAGGGACUCAAUCGACCGGUUGAAAGACACUGGCUUUGAGAUCGGCGUUAUCAGUCUGGAAGCGGAGACAGAGCUAAACUCGGCUAGAGGAACGAUUCAGAAGCUGCUUGGAGAACAUCCAAUGCUACCGUACGAACCGGGACCAGACUGGCGGUUUUUGGAUUGUAAGUUGGGAGCUUUUUCAAUAGGAUAGGGGGAGGAGGAUGAGAUAUUAUAAGAGAAAGGAAUUGUGAGGUGAAGUAGGGUACUGUAAAAGGGCCAGCGGUAUGAUCGGUAGGAUUAAGAGGUCAGGGUUACGGUCGGGUAGGGGUAUACUUAAACCAACUUCAAAACUAACCCCAAAUGCUAUUCCAGACGUUACCAACUCGGAGGAAGGCACCUUCCGCAUCUCUCGCCACCAAGAACACAAUCACACGAUAUCAGAUGUGUGUAACCUCGACGAAUGUAUCAUACUUCUGGACGAUGCCUUCCCUUCAAUGACGGCUCGAUCGUCGGCCAUUGGACACGAUCUUGUCUUCACGCCUUCCAAGUAAACAAAGCUUUGUGUAGUCAUGUUGUACGUGUUAUCGGUGUAUACCUCUAGUUGAUGUAGAUAUAUGUUAACCACAAAAAAAAUAUUUUUAUCAGUUAAUUUUUAUUUUUUAAAGCUUUUUUUUACUUUUUUUCGUUCAAUUUGCCUAUUUUUUGAACUUAUUGAAAUUUUUUGGCGGUCAAAACGAAAAUAUAUUUUGCAACCUGAGCUUUCUCGGGCGCAGCUUGAUUUUCCAUACAUUGACAAUUUUUUUAAAUUUAAAAUUUUUUGGCUGUUGAUUCAAGUUUAUAGGGUAAACAGUAACAUCUUAUCUAUAUGGUUAUUUAUAUCAAACUUAAACUUACCGUUGUGUAGUCUUGUCCUUGUUGUAGACUUGUGUUUGUAUUGUCCUUAACUUUAUAAACUUUACAUUUCUGUUUCUAAAAUGUAAUUUUAAAGCUAUAAAUAUUGUGAUUGUCCUUAUGGUGAAUAAAAGUAAAAUUCAAACGUAAAUUUUACAGUGUUUUCAGAGUUACAGUCCCCACAACGAUCUCGUACGAUCCUGGGUGAGUUUGCUUUGUAAAAUACGAGAUUUAAAUGCAUUACUUAACGAGUUACUUCUAAUAAACUAAAGUGGAAUAGGCCUAAAAUUAAUUUAAAGAACAUAGUUAUUAAAAAUUUUUAAAAACGGGCAAUAUGGCUUUAAUUUUCAGAAAACCGGUUGUCCCCAACGCUCUUUCCCAACGCCGAAUCAGUGAGACCUUGAGGAUCGUGCUGAGCAGCGAUGCUCAAGAGACCCAUCUCUAA